AUGGUCCUCGUUCCUGAUGAUGUCACCCGUGAGUGCUGUGAUGGUGGUGAAGAGUCUGCUCUUCUCUUCUACGGGAGAAACAUGUCCCAGCUGGACCAUGAGGCCAACCUCACCAGCAACAUGGUGCUGGUGCCGCUGACCCAUCAGAAUGUCACUGUGGAAGCUGGCACCAGCUGCCAGGUGGCCGGCUGGGGGACCUGGCAGACUGGAGGACGUCUCUCCCGCUUCCCAAGGAUCGACAACAUGACCGUGACACCCAAAGACCACUGUCGCCACAACAGUGUGUGCACUGGUGUGCUCACCCGCCAGGGUAGAAUCUGCCAGGAGCAGGAAGCUGUGGGAGCAGCUGUCUGCUCAGUGGUGCUGACUGGGGUGUGGGGUGGAGCAGGGCCCGGGGACACCCUGACAUGCCUGCCACCCGCUCAGGGUGAUGGGGCCAGCCCCCUCAUCUGCAAUGGUCUGGCCCACGGUGUGGCCUCCUUCACCAUGGAGCCCUGCGGCUGGGGUCCCGACUUCUUCACCUGUGUGGCACGCUUCCAAAACUGGAUCGAUAGUGUCCUCAACCGCCCUGCUGGCCUGAGGGAAGCCCCAUCAAGCCGUGGAAAGAGGAAGUGGGGACGCCUGGCCUGGCCACGGGACAACCCCAACCACCUUCCGUUUGGAGGCUAUAAGAGGAGCGCGCAGGGGGCACCCUGGAGCCAGACCGUGGCGUGUCACCGCGAAGCCUCCAGUCCUGCCCUCGCCUGUGACCUGCUGGCCUUGCUGCUGGGUGGUGCAGCCCGGGCCGCCGACAUCGUGGGCGGGCAGGAAGAGCAGCCCCACUCGCGGCCCUACACGGUGUCACUGCAGCUGCCGCAGACCCCGGGCAGCCACUAUUGCGGGGACACCUUGAUUCCCCCGCGGUUCGUGCUGACCGCCGCCCACUGCCUGCAGGAAAUGUGAGCAGAGACUGGGGGCCACGACCUGCAGACCCCGGAGCCCACCCAGCAGAGGUUCAGCAUCACUCGCCUGUUUGGGAACAAUUAUGACCCGGAGCAGAGCCUCAAUGACAUCCUCCUUGUACAGGUCGACCGCCCAGCCACCCUCCGCGCUGAGGUCGCAGUGGCCCAGCUGCCGCAGCAGAAUCAGCAGCUGCCCCACGGCACCCAGUGCCUGGCCAUGGGCUGGGGGCGCCUGGGCACCCACGCCGCAGUGUCCCGGGUCCUGCAGGAGCUCAAUGUCACCGUGGUCACCUUCCCGUGCCGGCCGCAGAACGUGUGCACGUGGGUGCCCCGUCGCAGGGCUGGAUUCUGCUUCGGAGACUCUGGUGGCCCCUUGAUCUGCAACGGCGUCCUGCAGGGUGUGGACUCCUUCGUGACCCAGGGCUGCGCGACCCGCCAGUGUCCUGACUUUCUUGCUAAAGGCCUCUACGUGGACUGGAUACAGUCGGUGCUGCGCAGAGAGGGGGCGACGACAGUCCCUGAGCCGUCCCCUCCCACACACCCCCUCCCCAACUCUGAGGCCAGGUGACAAGCCCUAAAGGGAGAACUCUUGGCAGAGGUGGAUCUUUCCCUGAAAGCU